GCCUAUUCCUUGGUUAAGAUCUGUUGGUCUUUUCUCAAGUGUCGUGUGUGUUUCCACGAUCAGCGUCAGUAAAAGGAUCUGCGUGGUGAAACCAAGACGACUAGGAACUUCUCGUUCGUUUUCAGUUUUGUAGAAUUUUGAUUUUCAUCGAAUUGCAGUAGAAUUUAGAUUGAGAGGAAAAAACCGCAUAUGAGGAUGCGGCAUCGUUUUGGCGCCGGGGUCACGGCCGGCUUGUUGGCCGCCACUCUAGCGCCCGCUUCCGCUUCCAGAUCAACCGCUGGCGAGAACCCGAUCAAGAAGGUGUUGAAGCUCCUCGACGAAAUGCAAACUACGCUCGAGGCCGAGGCGAAGGAGGACGACCGACUCUUCAAGAAGAUGGAGUGCUGGUGCAGGCAAAACCGAGGGGAGAAGACCGAAGCCGUGGAGAAGGCGCAGAAGAAAAUUGAAAAAUUGAACGGUGUGAUUGACGAGCAGACCGGGUUGAUUGCGUCGUUGAGUGAAGAGAUCAAGAAUUUAGAGGCGAAAAUAAAAGCGGACACCGAGGAACUGGCACAGAUGACGGAAUUGCGCGCGAAGGAAAAGUACGAAUUGCAAAAGUAUCGUAUUCAUCGUAGAAAUGCAUCACAAACUUUCUCAGCAUGAGAAAUCUAUUAUGUUUGUAAUGCGCAUUUACCUUGAGGAAGAGACUUGUAAUGCAUAGCUGCAAUUGCUACGAGUGCGAUACUUCUGCACAGGAUAAAAAAGCCGAGGCGGAAAAGUUCCAAGCCGAAACGAAGGACACUUUAGAAAGUUUAGGAAAGGCACUGAAGGUCCUGGGCGGCGUGCAGACACGAGGUAUGGUACUGAUGAGUUCUUUUGAAUGUUUAUUCCUUUUCGGAGUCGGCGAAGAACGUUUUUUGAUCCCCUUCCCAUGAAGAGAGACCACUGUCGGGUCAGGUCUGGUUCCAAUGAUUUAGAUCUAAAGUCGAUUUUCCACAUUACAAAUUUUCUCUACCCAGGUGCCCUCCUCGACCGGAGCCAGAAGCGUCAGCUCUCUUUCCUGCAAGAGAAACUUUCUUCCGGCCAUUCCUUCGACCAAGCGCUCAAGAAGGACCUCUGGGCCGUUUUAGGCUCCCUGAAGAACAAGAACCCCGGGUUUCUGCAGCAGGAGCCGCGUGAUUACUCCGAGAUGAAGCCCGAGGCACCGACCGCUUUGGAGGGCGGCGUUGCGGGCGCGAACAGCUACAACUCGGCGUCUGGUGGCAUCUACGGCGUUUUGCAGCAAAUGCACGAUGACUUCUCCAAACAAUUAAAAGACAGCGUCGACACUGAAGCCACCGCGGUCGCGAACUUUAAAAAAGCCUCCGCCGCAAAGGAGAAGGAGAUUGCGGCGUCGAAAGCGGACAAGGCGGCCACGCAGAAGGCGCUAGGGGACGCGAAGGUAUCAAGUGUAAAAAUGUCUGGGUCUGGAAACUUGUGAUGCUGCGUGGCGUCUCAUGAUGAGGACGCAAGUGCUGGCUCAGCAUGACAAGUUUCUGAGCUUCUACGUGUUGCCUAUUCUGCGUGACAAACUGCGUGGCUGCAUCACAGAAAGAUGGAGCUCUCGGGUAGCGUGCAUGACAGAUUUAAGAGUCAUGCCAGACAAGCAUGACAAACAUGCAGUCUUCCAGACCCAGACACUUUUGCAAUCCAUAGAAGGUGGCGAAGAGCAACGCAUUGAAGGACAAGAAAUUGACGACGGAGCAACUAUCCGAGGACGAGCAGUUUUUGGUCAUGCUGGUAUGAAUCGCAAAAGCAACGUACUAGUGGCAAUUGCAUUACAAAUCGCCUCAGCAUGACAAAUGGAAUUUGUGAUGCUGGUUUUUUACCUUGGGAUGGUGAUUUGUAUUGCAUAAUUGCAAUUAGUACGAGACUUUUGCAAUGCAUAGCUGGAAGAGAAGUGCAAAACCGCCAUUGACGGACAUGCGGAGAGGUCAAAGACCCGAAACGAUGAGAUCAAGGCGGUCGGGGAAGCGAUUGGUAUAGAAGAUUUUUCGAGUUUUAGAUUUCAUGGCGCACUCUCACUCUCCUUGCUUUAGAGAUGAAUGCAGAAACUUGUGGCUCGUCCUCAAUUUUAAUCAAAAUCUUAUAUCUAAAUUUUGCCAUUUGUACAACAACUCAACUCCACGCAGGUGUCCUGACCUCCGAUGAGUCUCGUGAAAUCUUCGCAAAGAACUACUCCUUCCUGCAAACCUCCGUCUCUUCGAAGCAGCAGAAUGAGCGCAAGCACGCCGCGAUCAUGGAGUUGCUGCAGGCCGCCAAAAAGACCGGGGACAAGAGGCUCUAUGCGUUGUAGAAGUUUUGUUUUCGCACAAGAACUCGGCCCUUCUCACAUGCAUGACAGAUUGACUUCCUGAUCAUGGAUCUGAAGAUGCAUUUAGAAGCUCAAGUAAGUAUUGCAAAUCUGUAUAAUGUAGUUUGUUUCAUUAGAUCGUAGAAGAACUAGUGCGAUUCUAGAACUUUUGCGAUGCAUAGACUUUCUGCCUUGGCCAUUUCUGCCCAGCUCGACUCCUUCGCGAAAAUUAAAGAGAUGAUGGCGAAACUAGCCGAGGAAGUUGCGGCAGAGAAGAAGGCAGAGUUCGAGAAGCGAGACACCUGCAACAAAGAUCUCUCCGACAACGAGAUCGCACGAACCGACACCGGAGUUUUCAUUGAAGACACCGAGAAAGCGAUCGCGAAAUUGCAGUCCGACAUCGAGACGCUGGAGGGUCAGAUCGCCGCCGAGCAGGCCUCCAUCAAGGAGAUGGAGGGAACCGUAGCUGCCUAUCAAAAGGAAAAAUCCCCCCUCCCCAUAUCGAAAACGAAAUUUGUGAUGCUGUAUUUGAGUACACAAGUCGCCUUGUAAUGCUAGAAGGCCAAGAGACGCAGCUGUGGCCUCGUCUGCAGGCAAUUUGUCAUGCUGUUUCCCACUUCCAGCUGCCCCCUGUCAUGCUGAAGGUGCAAGGCUUUCCCACGCCAACCAGCACUACAGUCCGCAUCUUUUCCCUUCUACAUGACAAAGCUGAUUUGUGGCCACAAAUCCGCAUCGCAAGUUUCUAGUUUGAGUGUGGGGUGGGGGGAUUUUUCAUUUUGACACUGCCGCAACGGAAACCCGCAAGGAGGAAAACGCGGCCUUUAAAGAGGAGGUGAAGAACCAGGAGCUGACCUUGAAGGUGUUGGACAAAGCCAAAGCCAAAUUGACGAAGUUCUACGGCUACGCAUUGCACAUAUGUCUAGGUCUGGAAGGUUGCAACUUGUAAUGCUGUCGCUGGAUUCGGAAAAAAUUUCAAUUAGUUCGGCAUACCUAAUGUGGAAUAGGCAUCGCAUCAUGAACAGGGAGUGUUCUAGAAGUCUGUGAUGCUAUGGCAUACAUCACAGACAAUCAGUGGACAUGCGAAAUAUGCAUGACAAACCCAGCAAGCUUCCAGACCCAGACCUUUUUCCAUUUUAUAACAGCGGCCUCCCCGGACAGGCGUUUUUGCAGCAGAAACAGGAACCGGCGCCGAAGCAGGCGUCCUACAGCAAGAGCGAGCAGGCGCCGGGCGUGAUCGGACUGUUUGAGAUGAUCAUGAGCGAUUGCAAACACGACAUUGCGGAGGCGAAAAAGGACGAACAGAAGGCGCAAACGGAGUACGAGACUCUGGUUGCGGACUCGACAAAGUCCAUCAACACCUCCAAGCAGGCCAUCGCGCAAAAGGAAACGGAAAAGUCCGAUGCGGUGUCGCAAAAGGAGCAGAAGAACCUGGAGCUCAGCCAGGCACAGGAGAAGCUGGAAGGUAUAUCUCUUGAUAUGAUCAUGCAUGCUUUACUGUGACAAGCUCUUCUGCACUGUGUCUGUGCCGUAGCAACUUUGCGGCUACUUAGUAAUGAAGCACGACCACUAGUAUCCCCCGCUUGUGCAACAAGAGCAAACUUCUAUAAUUUCGAAAUUAUACUACUCCCAGGUCUGGAAGCCGAGAACGCCGCUUUGCACAAGGAUUGCGACUUUCUCCUGAAGAAUUUUGACGUGCGCCAGGAAGCCAUGGAAAGCGAGGUUGAGUCGAUUCACCAGGCCAUCGCAGUGCUCUCCGGAGCGAACUUUGACUUCUAAAUAGGACAAGGGCGUGUCAUGUUUGUAGAUUUCUAAAAACUCUAGACAUGUGCCAUUUUGCAAGUUUCCCACGAGUGGUCGUGGCAAGGUAGCGUACACGUACUUUCGAUCAGAGUCCUCGUUUCACUUUUAUUCUUUCUCGAUAAAAAGUGUAGUUUCACACAGAUUUAAUUUACGUUUCGAAGAUUCAUUUUCAAAUCCUUAUGUAUCUCAUGGCAGGACUUGCCGCUCUUGUGUCAAACUCAAAUUCGUUAAUUACUAAACUCAAGCACAUCGACCUAAACUCAAGAAAAUCGUAAACUCAAGCAUCGUUUUUUUAGUAGAGAUUCGUUUUUGUAGAGCAUAACUUAAGCAUCGUUUUUUUAGUAGAGAUUCGUUUUUUGGUAGAGCAUAAACUUAAGCAAACGAGCGACACGCUCCUGCAUGGGAUACGCAAGAGGAUGUAGAGAACAAGAACGCAAGAUGUCUGAAUAGAAACGAUCGACGAAAUGACCACUAAGUAAAUGAGAAGCGGUUUCUGGUCGGGAGAUCCUUUUGCAAGAUUGCAUGUCAAGAAAAAUCUACAGCAAAGAUGAAACUGGAGCUCGGCGUGCAAACCUUGACCAAGAAU